AUGUCCAACGAGAUCCAGACUUCUUUUACUCGCUCUUGUCACACCAAUGGCAACGUAGCACGCGGCGGCCGCCCUGAUCCUAAUCUUGGUGCUCCUCGCCUGUCUGCCCAGGCGCCAAUUGUCCAGUCGAAGAGGAAGAAGACGAGCGACGAGCUGAUUCAAGAAGGUGUCUUACCGCCUCGUCCGACUCUCAAGACAUACGAGGAGCUGCAGGAACUUGGAAUCUGCAAAAAAUACCCCGAUCUUUCGCCCGACGCACCCAAGGAAUAUCACGAAGCGCCUGAUCUGGAGUCACUUUUUAUGCCAAAUAUUGUGUACCGGUGCGAGAAGAGGAAAUGGCGCGAGACUUGCGAAGCUAUCUUGAGCGAGAUAAAGGAGGAUAAGAGAAAGGCAAAGGCUGAGCGCAAAGCAACGCGCAAGGAGGAGAAGAAGGCAGAGCGGAAGCAGCGGAUGAUCCAAGAGCAGGUGAUCACUCAGUGUCUAGAGAUCGAUACUGCCGGUGAAAUAGCUGGUGAAGUGAAGGAGUCAAGUCUGACUGGAGACGUCAAAUAG